GGUGCCCUCUUUCCCAUGAGUGGAGGGUGGCCCGGCGGACAGGCUUGUCUCCCUGCUGCUCAAAUGGCCCUCGACUUGGUGAACAACAGGACGGAUAUACUGCCCGAUUACGAGCUUGAAUUGAUCCACUAUGAUAGUAGGUGUGACCCAGGUGAGGCCACCAAGCUGCUAUAUGACCUGCUGUAUACAGAGCCUAUAAAGAUUGUGCUGAUGCCGGGAUGCAGCUCUGUGUCUACACUGGUAGCUGAGGCUGCUCGAAUGUGGAACCUCAUAGUGCUGUCCUACGGCUCCAGCUCUCCAGCUCUGUCCAACCGCCAACGUUUCCCCACCUUCUUCCGCACACACCCCUCAGCUACGCUGCACAACCCGACCCGAGUGCAGCUUUUCCAGAAAUGGAAGUGGACCAAGAUUGCCACCAUUCAACAGACCACUGAGGUCUUCACCUCUACUCUGGAUGAUCUGGAGCAGCGGGUGAAAGAAGCAGGCAUAGAGAUCAGUGUGAGACAGAGCUUCCUCACAGACCCUGCUGUGGCCGUCAAGAACCUCAAGCGUCAAGACGCCCGUAUCAUCGUUGGCCUGUUCUAUGAGACGGAGGCACGAAAGGUUUUCUGUGAGGUCUAUAAGGAGAAACUGUACGGGAAAAAAUACGUGUGGUUUCUCAUUGGUUGGUACGCCGACAACUGGUAUAAGAUCAAAGACCCGUCAAUCAACUGCACGGUGGAAAACAUGAAGGAGGCUGUGGAGGGCCAUGUUACCACGGAAAUUGUCAUGCUUAACCCAGAGACAGUGCGGGGGGCUUCGAACCUGACUUCUCAGGAGUUCUUGGCUCAGCUGAUGUCUAAGUUGGGUGGGAAGAACCCAGAGGAGACAGGGGGUUUCCAAGAAGCUCCUCUGGCUUAUGAUGCGGUUUGGGCCCUUGCGCUGGCCCUUAACAAGACAGUUGGUCCCCUGAAGGCCAAAGGUCACAGGCUGGAGGAUUUCAACUACAACAACAAGGAGAUCACAGCAGAGAUCUACCGGGCCCUCAACACCAGCUCUUUUGAGGGAGUGUCUGGACAUGUUGUGUUUGAUGCCCAGGGUUCUAGAAUGGCUUGGACCCUUAUUGAGCAGCUACAAGGAGGAAGUUAUAAGAAGAUUGGAUACUAUGACAUGACCAAAGGCAAUCUCUCCUGGUUCCACAAUGACAAGUGGAUAGGUCCUGGUCCGCCUGCUGAUCAGACAGUGGUCAUUCAGAAGUUGCGUUUUCUCUCUCAGAAGCUCUUUGUUUCGGUGUCUGUGUUUGCUGGACUGGGUAUCCUAUUGGGAAUAGUGUGCCUCACAUUCAACAUAUACAACAGCAACGUCAGGUACAUCCAGAACUCUCAGCCCUACCUGAAUAAUAUGACAGCAGUGGGCUGCAUGAUGGCACUGGCCGCCGUCUUCCCCUUGGGGAUCGACGGGCGCCACGUCCGCAGGUCGCAGUUCCCCGUCGUCUGUCAGUUUCGUUUGUGGCUGCUUGGCCUUGGUUUCAGUCUCGCCUAUGGAAGCAUGUUCACAAAGAUCUGGUGGGUACACACCGUUUUCACUAAGAAGGAUGAGAAGAAAGACAAGAGAAAGCAUCUUGAACCCUGGAAACUCUAUGCCACUGUUGGGGUGCUGCUGGUUAUUGACAUCCUGUCGCUUAUGAUCUGGCAAAUCGUAGAUCCCUUGCACAUCACCGUUGAGAAGUUCACAAAGGAAGCACCUAAAGAGGACAUUGACGUGCUGAUUGAACCUCUGCUGGAACACUGCAGUUCAGAGAAGAUGAAUACAUGGCUUGGGGUGGUGUAUGGCUAUAAGGGUUUGCUGUUGCUGCUGGGCAUUUUCCUGGCCUAUGAAACCAAGUCUGUGUCCACUGAGAAGAUCAAUGAUCACCGAGCCGUGGGGAUGGCUAUCUACAACGUCUCUGUGUUGUGUAUGAUUACUGCGCCUGUCACCAUGAUUCUGUCGUCGAAGCAGGACGCCUCUUUCGCUUUUGCCUCCCUGGCCAUUGUCUUUUCUGUUUACAUCACUUUGGUCGUGCUCUUUGUACCCAAGAUGCGUAGGUUGAUCACCCGUGGAGAAUGGCAGUCUGAUCAGCAGGAGACUAUGAAAACCGGCUCGUCCACGAAUAAUAACGACGAGGAGAAAUCUCGCCAGCUAGAGCGAGAAAACAAAGAGCUUCAGAAGAUUAUUCAGGAGAAAGAAGAGCGGGUGUCAGAACUGAGGAACCAGCUCUCAGAAAGACAGGCUCUGCGUUCCAGGAGACGGCCUUCGACUACCAAUCAAAAUCACAGUUCCCCUCCACUGCCCACUCCUCAGAAUGACCCAAAGUCUCUUCUCCCUCCGCCGGGCUACCCACUCCCUGCCUCUGAUAAUCACUCCCUCCCUCCGUCCUUCUCCAACUCCUCCAACCUGUACCAGCCCGACGGAAAGAUUAGCCGCAACAACUGCCACACCAGCCGCCUCCAGCUCCUCUAUAAAUGA